CGACGCGAAGGAAUUCGGAAAGAAAGAGAAGCAGGAAGCGGAGAGCGGUUGUCGAGCGCGAGCGGAGAAGGAGAAGCAGCAGCAAAACGGCGUGGAAAACCUGACUUUGUGAGCGGAGGAGUGUGACGUCAGGAAGCGUAGAUCUCGAAGGGCGAAAGGGACGGCGGCGUUUCUUGCUUCUGCCACAAACUUAGAAAAAGUACACCAUGGCAGACGUGGAACAAGGUGAGGUGGCUGUGCAUCAGAACCGGGUUAAGACUCUUCAGUCACAAGUAGAUGGGGUCAAGGACAUCAUGACCCAAAAUGUGGACCGUAUCCUAGCGCGAGGGGAGCGGCUGGAUGAUCUGAUGGGCAAAACGGAGGACCUGCAAGCUGGGGCUCAGAACUUUAAGCACACGUCUCAAAAGGUGGCACGCUCCUACUGGUGGAAGAACGUGAAGCUGAUAGUGGUCAUUGUUGUGAUCGUGCUGGUUAUCAUCCUCAUCAUUGUGCUGCUGGCCACUGGAGUGAUCCCCACUGGCUCCACCAACCCCUAACCUUCCAGACAACAGGCAUGCACACAGACACACACACUCAUAUUCCCAAGGCUCUGGGCAAGUACAUCUAGCCACUGAAGCCUAAUGCACUCAAUACAAGAUAUCCCCACUUACUUUAAGCAGUUGAUGCAGCCUCUGACAUCACUGUGGUGCAACAGCUGGAUCAUGCAAUAACCCUUCAAAAUUAGGGACUGCUGCUGCACUGUUUUGGCACAGGGAAUAUAGCACAAAGGCCUUAUGACCCCUUAUUCUGCGUUUGUUCAGUCUUUGAGUAGCAAUGGUUUAAUAGGGAAAAACUGAGGUGCUACUGAUUAAAAACAUCUUAAACAUUUAGUUAACAAAAAUAAUCUUCAUUGCCACCAUGCACUAAUAAGUGCAAGAACAUGAAAAUGUACCUUAUCUGUUUCCAGGUUCCGUGUCCGUUUGUCCUUAUUUAUUAAUAAUUGGAGGUUGCAAUGAGUUCCUUUCUUGGUGUUCUUAUGAUCUGCACAGCAAAAGAGUUUUUGAUUAAUUACAUAAAUGUAUAGAGGUUUUAAAAUAUGUAUCGGAGGGAAAUUAUGCUUUGAGACAGGUCACGUUACAAAACUACCUUUUUAAAUGUUUGGCGGAUACUUUUCCUGCCUUAUUUUUUGAUAAUUGAUAGCAUCUCACAUGGAAGCAUACAAAUGAUAUUUUCUUCCCAUGGGUGCACUGGGAGUGAGAGAUAUUUAAUUUUAUAUUGAUAAAGCUUGUGCCGUUCUUCAGGUCAGAAGCUGGAGGGUAACACCACUUUUCUGCCAUACAGAUGCUCUACUUUGUCCCAUCCCCCAUUAUUGGACUGUUUGAAAUUCCCUUAAUUGAUGUGAACAGGUUAAGUCAUUACCCUUGGUACUGUAGUAUAUUUUAUUUGCGAUAGAACCUUUCUUAUACUCGCUUCCUUUGGUGGCUGUAGGAAGGGUCACUGUGGUUCUCUGUUCAGACAUGUCGAAAUCGCUUGUUUCGUAAAGCUUCAUUGUACGAGUACCCUUUCAAGAUAUAAAUAUGAUAUGCAAGCAAUUGUACAAUAGUGAACAGCAUAUCAGAAUGUGAUUUUGUUAUUCCUAGGAGGAUUCUGAUUUGCUGAAAAAGUACUCUAAUGGUUUGCUGUUUAAGUUGUUCUGGAAACACUUCCUACACACUCCCAAGCUCCUGCUUACGGCUAUUGGUUCUGUAUAAGUUCUGACCCCUGUAGACUGAUGGACAGCGCCAUCCGUAGGCAGGCAGACAUUUGUGCUGAACGUGAAUGGUCCAAAAUGGUGGUUAACCUUGAUUUCUCUACGAAUAGGUGGGUAACCCUACUAGUGCAGUUUAGGUGAUGGCUUUUUUUUUUUCCCCUUCUUCCAUUCAAACCUUUUAUUUCUUAUCUGAAUUUUUUUUUUUUAUAGUGUGUCGAGAACCAAGUCUUCAGCAUUUGUUAACCAAGAUUUGGAACAUCAACAGCUUUAGGACUCUAGGAACAGGUCAUGUCAUCACAGCUCUGUUGUUCACAGGGGACAGUUAAUUGUUUCACUUCUUAGCUGUGGAAAUUAUCUUAAUUGGCUGAAUAUCGGAGGUUGCACAAGCUAAUCAAACAGAACAGUAAUGAGUGCAUUUUUUUAUGGGACUGAUUUCUUAUUUUCACCUGUGCCGUUGUGCUGUUUGUACUAAGGUCAGUUGUCUUCCUUGUAUGUAUACUUAUGUAUUUGUAAAACUGCUAACCUGUAAACUCUGAAUAUCCCAUUAAUGCAGUUAGAUUUUUUUUUCUUUCUGUAAUCAUCAAAUUUGAAAAUCAUCAUCCCAGUCAAUCCCAUCAUCAUCCCAGUCAAUCAUAAUCAUCAUCAUCCUCCCAGCCCCUCUGAUGUGAUAUAUCUUGAUAGUCAGGAAGCUGACCAUGCCUUCCCUGCAAACUAGUCGAGGCUCCUUUGUGAUGGGUGUGGCACGGGGUCAGUUCUCCUCACUAUGCCCACAAUGUGCUGUCAGUGACUAACUAUGUCAGCCUCAGCACCCGGCCAGAGGCAAGUUAUCUGAAGCGAUCUGCGAGGAGUGAGGAAUUUUACGAAGCUGUAGGAUGGUACUUUGCUUGUAUUUUGGGAUGCUGGGCCAGUCUAUCUGUAGGUGUUAUUUAUUGUAACUAAGAUUUAAAAAUAAUACGAAUAAAAGGGGGAAAUGUUUGUUGUCGAAUGUCGACGACAAAUGUAAACUGCUUACCACAACUGCUCUUUAAAAUGUGUUGUUUAUAAAGUGUCCAGCAGAGGUAGACAUUGACCCCAGAAGCUUGAUGUGUCCUUCUGCUGCUGAAGUCUAUUGAAACACUCCUGCAAGUAUAUUUUUUGUGGGAUGUGUGUUUCUGUAUGUAUUUACACAACUAGCCUGCAGAUACUUUUAAGACUAGUUUUGGGACUGUAUUGUAAGUUGUUAUAAAUCAUUGGGCGUAUUUAAAAAAAAAAAAAAAAGAUUUUUUUGCUGUUUGCACAAAGUACAAAUGCAAUAUAAAUUGUCUUUCUGAAAACUUUUGAUUUAUUUCUUGCAUAGUUUUAAGUGAAAAUGCUUCAGUAUCUGGUCAUGGAUGAAGAAUAAAUAAAGGAUGCACACCUUGAAACUCCCACAUUCUGCUUUAUUUC